AUGGGCGACAAUGGCGACCCGAACGUGUCCAACUCUAACUGUUCUGCAGUUAAUUGCUCAACGACUGACGACAUGCAAGUAUGCGGCGGCGAACAGCACAGUUCUCCUGCAAAAACGACGUCUGCCCAGCCGCAAUACAGUGUCGAGUAUCUGGCACAGCUUCUGAAAGACAAAAAACACCUCAUGGCUUUCCCGAACAUAUUCCUCCACCUGGAACGACUGGUCGACGAAGAAAUCGCCAAGGUCAGGUCGUCUUUGUUUACGCUGGAUCCAAAUAAGGAAGCUCUGGUCUUACCGGAUCCAAUCGGUCCCAUCGCAUCGUUGCAGGAAAAGGUUUAUGUGCCCGUCAGGAGACAUCCGGAUAUUUUGCAGUACAACUUCGUCGGUCGAAUCCUUGGACCUCGUGGCAUGACAGCGAAACAGCUCGAGCAAGAGACCGGUUGCAAGAUUAUGGUCCGCGGACGUGGUUCGAUGCGCGACAAGAAGAAGGAGGAACAGAACAGAGGCAAACCGAACUGGGAGCAUUUGAACGACGACCUUCAUGUUUUGAUACAGUGUGAAGACGCAGAGAACCGGGCAAAGAUCAAAGUAAAGCGCGCUGUCGAGGAAAUCACCAAGCUGCUGGUGCCUGCCGUAAGUUCGUUAUUUCUUCAUCCUUUCACGUACUACAUACUCCAGCUUCAACUGUCGGACGUUGGGCAGGCGCGCACGCCCUCACCCUGCUUGAGCAGUUGCUUUCUGUAA